AUGGCCGUUGGAGGGGCAGUGGUCGAGGGACCAUGGCCCCUCCACUUUCUGGAAAACUUUCAGUUCCCGAAACGACAGUUUGGAAAGAAAGAAAUUGUUAGCCGAUCGCUUCAGUCGUCUUGGUUCAAGCUACAAUUUCGGCUACACUACGAUGAGGCCAGAGAUGUAGCGUUUUGUCACUCCUGCAUCAAAGCAUGCAAGGAGAAAAAGCUGGCCGCAGCUGCAGGAAUUUUCGAUCAGUCGUUCAUACGGAAGGGAUUCUGCUACUGGAAGAAUGUCACUGAGAAACUGAAAACUCACGAAGCAUCGAACGUUCAUCGCAAAGUCGUCGAGAAAACCAUCAGUCUUCCAAAGACUACAGAGGAUGUUGGGGAAUUAUUGUCAAGACUUCACAAGCAAGACAAAUGUGAACGACGACAAUGCUUCCUCAAAAUUGUUUCAUGUGUAAGGUUCUUGGCUCGUCAAGGGCUACCUUUACGAGGAUAA